CUUUGGUCCCUUCGGUUCUCCUUUGUAUGGGCUGGAGCCUUGCCUUCACCGGGCUCCGUCUCACCAGCCGCCCGCGCCUUUUCGGCGUUCUCGGCGGUUUCGGCAGUGUCCGGAAAAUCGCCAUGGCGCCGUCCUACGUGCUGGCCAUUGACCAAGGCACCACCUCUACCAGGGCCAUCCUCUUCGACAAGAACGGCCAGGUCUCUGCGACGCAGCAGGCAGAGUUUCCGCAGUACUAUCCGCAGGCAGGCUGGACAGAGCACGACCCGGAGGAGAUUCUGCAGGGCGCCAUCGAGUGCACGGAAGGAGCCAUGAAGAAGGUCGGGGCGAAGAAAGAGGACAUCGCUGGCAUCGGUAUCACCAACCAACGAGAAAGCACGGUGGCUUGGGACAAGGCCACCGGGAAGCCUCUGUGCCGCGCCAUCGUGUGGCUGGAUCUCCGCACCUCUGACACCGUGGCCAAGCUCGCGGAGGAGCAGGGCGGGCGCGGCGCCUUCCGAAAGAAGACGGGUCUACCGAUCUCCACCUACUUCUCAGCGGUGAAGAUGAGAUGGAUGAUCGACAACGUGCCGGAGGUCAAGAAAGCUAUGGAUGAGGAGCGUUGCUGCUUUGGCACGAUUGAAUCCUGGUUAAUCUACAAGCUGAGCGGGGGUGCUGAUGGCGGUGUGCAUAUCACGGAUAUCUCUAACGCUUCCAGGUACAUGCUGAUGAACAUCCACACCUGCGAGUGGGAUGAGGCUGUUUGCAAUCAGGUGGGGGUCAGCAUGAAGGCGCUGCCGAGCAUCAAGUCCAACUCGGAGGUGUACGGCCAUGUCAAGUCCGUCCCCAGCCUGGAAGGGCUUCCCAUCAGCGGCGCGCUGGGUGACCAGCAUGCCGCCCUCCUGGGCCACGGAUGUCUAGAGGUGGGCACCUCGAAGAACACCUACGGCACCGGCUGCUUCAUGCUGCUGAACACGGGCGGGGACGCGGUUGAGUCCAAGAACGGGCUGUUGACCACGAUCGCAUACAAGCUGGGCCCCGAGGAGCGCACGACUUACGCGCUGGAAGGCAGCGUUGCGUGUGCGGGCCGCGUGGUGCAGUGGCUCCGGGACAACAUGGGGGUGAUCUCCUCCUCCAAGGAUGUCGAGACCUUGGCCAGCAAAGUGGAGGACACCGGGGGCCUCACGCUGGUCCCAGCCUUCAGCGGCCUCUUUGCGCCCCACUGGCGCGACGACGCCAGAGCGGUGGCCGUAGGUAUGACACUUUACACCAGCCGGGAGCACAUGUGUCGCGCAGCCUUGGAGUCCACUUGCUUCCAAGCUGUGGACAUUAUGGAGGCGAUGCAACAUGACACUGGCCUAAAGAUCAAAGACAUGCGCGUGGACGGCGGGAUGACAGUGAACAACCUUUUGAUGCAGAUGCAGGCCGACUUCCUGGGAAUGGAGGUGCUGAGGUCCAAGAUGGCGGAGGCCACCGCGCUGGGCGCGGCCCUGGCGGCGGGGCUGUCGGUGGGCUUCUACGACAAGAAGGAGACGGUGCGGGAUAUGAUCCAGAAGGCUGGGGGCUAUGAGCAUUUCAAGCCCGAAACUACCUAUGCCCAGCGCCAGCACCUGCAGGAGAGGUGGAAGGACGCGCUGAAGCGGGCCAUGAACCUCGCCAAGUGGGAUCCAAGGAAGAAGCCCAUGGACAAGCCGGUGGUGUUGAAGAAGCCAAAGUUCAGCAAGGUGAACCAGGUGAAGCCGGAGAUGAAGGGCGUAAACCUGCAGCUGAAGGUGGUCAAGCUGCCAGAGGAGGUCAAAAGCCACCAGGAUUGGCACGACGUGGUGUGCGGAGACGACACGGGCACUGUCACGCUGCACCUCACGCCGCACCAGUUCCUUCCUUGUGAGGUGGGCGGCUACAUCCGAGUUCAGAACGGAAGAAGCCGAAUGAAGGGCGGCUACAUCCGAUUGGAGGUGGACAAGUGGGGCAAGGUGUCGCAGGCGGAGGACACGAAGUUCGACGUCAACCUCAAGAACGACAUUUCCGCCGUAGAGUAUGAGCUCAAGUGAGGCACGCAUGAACUUGAGCCGAAAGCUGGCAGCUAAUUGCCUGUGCCUACCAAGUGAAUGCAGCCAUGCUCGAUGAAAGACGUUGAGAGGAUUACCAGUUCCUUUUGAGGCCCGCUUUUGCCAGUCGACACACUUAGUGAUUCGGCUCGGAUUCAUGGGGAUCCAGGCCGCAAUCCGCGAACUUUUUCGAUUGCGAUAAGACAUUGCUUGCGCUCUGAGGUGCCCUUCACGGGGGCCUUUGGAGCUUUUUAGUCCAGAGUCGGACGUAGUGCUGCCCGCCCCUCAGCCUAGUGGUUUGUUUUCUUAACAUGGCGGGUAGGCAAGGGGUACC